CCAUACUAUUAUCUCACUGCCCACAUAAAUUACUUAUUACGGUAAAACUUCACUUGUGGGAAAACUAGUUGAAAUAAUAGAUGAUGUAAAUUAUAAAUUUGGUAAUUUAAACAUAAUUUAAGUAUAUUUCGUAUUUGGCAUAUUUUAAGUAAAAAAAGUAAAUUGUAUGGGAUUAUGAUAUAAUACUGAUUUCAUGAGAGUUGAUUUUCAUACGAUUUAUUCCACGUGAAACUCGCUAAACGUAAUGAAAAGAAGAAUCAAAUCAUUUUUGGCGCAAUUACAUCAUAUUCCACCCAAACGGUUUCUAGAAUUUGCGAAAAAUCCAGAAUUCGUGCAAGUAUAAAAACACUUGAAUUUGGGUCAACGAUAAAAAAUUUAAAAAUACGAAAAACUAAAAAAAAUGUCUAUUAUCAAUUACGGCUGGGAUUUAGAUAACAGUAUUAAUCGUAUUUUUGAUGAUUUUAUUAAAGAUUUGAACGUGGCCAGACGUGGUGGAAAUCGCACUGGAGUUACUAACUUUAAUCCUGCAAUUGACGUUCAUGAAAACGAAAAUGAAUUUAAUAUCAUUGCUGAAUUACCAGGAUUGAAAAAGGAUCAAAUUAACGUUGAUAUUCGUGACAAUGCUCUAGUAAUCUCUGGUGAACUCAAGCAAGAUGAAAAACAUAAAGAAGGGAAUACUCAUAUUAGAGAACGUCGUUAUGGUUCCUUUACUCGUGGUAUUUCACUCCCGCCAAAUGUUAAGGGCGAUGAUAUCUCUGCUAAAUUUGAGAACGGUCUUCUUGAAUUGAAGCUUCCUAAAUCCGCUCCCACUGGCAAGAAAAUUACCGUACAGUAAAAAGAACGUUUAGAUUAGUAUAAUUAUCUAUAUUAUAUAUAGCAAGUUU